CCUUGGUUUCCGAAAACAGCGAAACUUUGGGUGUAUGUUGAUAUAAACUUUCCUUUGACCAUGUUACAUAUUUAAUUGUGGUACAUACACGAAUAUAACCCUGGAAAUUGGUAUGACCCGUGGAUGUAUCGGCGGCAAAGCUGUUUCUUGAUCAAGUUCGUGACGUGCCGACGAAAGAUCACGGAAUGAUAAAUCGUAUUUGACAGCGAAAAUUUGUGACACCAUACUGUAAAAGUCGCAAUUGUUUCGGGAGGAAGUGCUUGGUCACAUCAUAUCAUAUUGUCGCGCUGGAGAAUUUUUUAAGGAUAUUCUUACGCUUUGAUUGAUUCAGUGAGCUUUUGAAAGGGGGAAUUGUUUGAACACAUUGCAAAGAUGCAACGCAAAGAGCAACCAGGAUCGAAUAUAGUCAAGUUGGCUGUUGAACCACCGGCUAACAUUCCUAAUAUUACGCCUUCAUUUCUGCAUUUCGAUCAGACGAGAAAACUGCAAGACAUCAUCGACGAAUUAUGCAAAGGGUGGAAUAUACCAAACUCAGAACAAUAUGCUCUACAAUACGCUGAUAGCAAUACAUUUAUAAAUGAGCAGAAUAGGCGUGAACUCUCAAAUGGUGCUGUCUUAGUAAUUGGAAUAUCACCGCAUAUGUUAGCACGUACUUUGUAUGAAGACAUAAAGUCAGGUGACAGCGAAAGUAGCAAACAUGCCUUAGUGAAAUUGGCCACAGCCUCCGAGGACCCAACAUUUGCAACAGAGUUUAUCAAUCUCGAUGGCCUGAGGACGUUACUUUACAUGCUUGAGAGUGGCAUUGACUCAAGUGAAUUGAGAGCCCAUGUUUUGACGGCAUUCCAAGAACUUAUGGAGCAUGGAAUAGUGACCUGGGACUUGAUCAAUAAUGUAUUUGUUAAAAAGUUAUGUAGUUUUGUCAGCUCACCCCAACUAACAGACCCUACCGUGUUAAAAAGGUCGUUAUCAAUACUGGAGUCUAUAGUGCAAAACAGUCCCAAUUUUUACGCUGCUGUAGUGAAAGACGUGACAAUCGAUAGUUUAAUACAACAUCUUCAAAACGUUAGCGAGGAUGUCAAAAUUAAUACAAUCUCUUUAAUAAAUGCACUCAUAAUGAAAACGCCGCCCGAUCGCAGAAAGAAUUUGGCCAGCGAAAUAUUGUCCGUUGGAGUACGGAACGUUCUGUUGACGAAUAUUAUUCGUAAUCCACGAGGUGUCUCAGACGAAAUGGCGCACCAACUUUACACAUAUCAACAAUUGACAUUGAACUUUUUACUCCCAAGAAUGAACACAGUAAUGAAAGAGGAUGACCAGGCGGAGAAAGAUAAAAUCGAAAACCUUCGCAAGGCGGUAUUUGAAUCAAAUAUCGUUCACUUUGAUGCGCAAGUUAGGACAACAAAAGAUUAUAGAAAACUUGGUUUUGAACAUUUCCAAAGAUUAUCUGAUAACUUCCGAGAAACUCCCCCGGGACUUUUACCACUCGAUUGUAUGACAUACUUUAGCAAGCAACUCCCAGACUCCUAUAUAAAGGUUGUACUGGAAAAUAUGGGCCGUGGCGAUGGUCACGAAUGUCCUUUUGGUAAAUCGAGCAUCGCUUUAGUGAAGAUGCUGUGCAGAUUGCUGAAUAUGGGAGAGCAACCGGACGAGACGUCUUCAGAAUACUAUCCCAUCUUUUUCACGACCGAGUCGCCAUUUCAGGAACUCUUUUGCAUAUGCAUCACAUUGUUGGGAAAAACCUGGCGCGAAAUGAAAGCAAAAACCGAAGACUUCGGAAGAGUUAUGAGUGUCGUGGAAAAACAGAUAAAAGAGACUUUGAAAGAGAAACAGCCAACUUUAGAUGUCUUCAAAACGUACAUAAAUAACCUCAAAGUGGAUAACAUCAUUGGUAUGAUCCAAGGCAGCGGUACAAGCAUCGACGUAAAAUCAAAACCCGUGGCCCAUUUACGAGAAAGAAUCAUGCCCGAACUAAUAGAAUUGGUUAAGAACCAGAGAUUGAAUCUGCUCCGUGAAGGCACACGAUUUGAAAAGCAAGCAGUGAAACGAAAAGCUAAAGAGAAAUAUUGGUACUGCAGAUUGUCGCAAAAUAGAAGAUUUCUUCAUCACGGAAAUUGUGAAGAAGGCUCAAAACCCAAUACCGAUCAAUUGCCAAAUAAAAUCGCUGUCGGCGAAAUAGAGGAUUUGAAGACUGGUGCCGCUUGUCCCCACACCCAAGAGGCGGGCAGACCGAAAAAGACUCCUAUUCAUUUGGCGUUUUCGCUUAUAAUGAAAGAGAAGCCGCCUUUGAAUUUCAUCGCCCCAAACCAAGAAACCUUUGAGAUUUGGGUGGACGGUUUAAGCAUUUUACUCGGCAAAAAAGUUCAAUCUCAUGGAUGGUCGAGUGAUCUCAACACUUUGGUAGAUAUGGAGUUGAAGCUUCGCUUGCUCGAUUUGGAGAUUAUCACCCACAAAAUACCUGAAGAGCAACCGCCCAUACCGCCCGAGCCGCCUGGGUACGAGUUUAGAUACAAUUUCAACUAAUGGUUUUAGCAAUUAGCAUUAUAAUUAGUAACAAAUUUAUGUAUGAGGAAUGAGGUAUAUAUUUGUAUUUUAUGCACCAUGUUGAUUUCGAUGGAGAAGCUGUGUAUCAAAUAGUGUGAUAGGACAUCUCUUACAGCAUGAAACGCUGUCAUGACACUGUCGACGCGCAAAAAACUCAAUUCAUUAUAUACGUGGAACAGACGUUGCCAGGGGUUAGAAAUAAGUGCUUGAAGAAAAAUAAAACAAUUCGUGUAAAUCUCGUAAUAUUAAUCAACUACCGUGAAACGAUUCAACAAGAACGAGGGAGUAAUAAGAUAUUUCACACUGUAUAAACUGAAGCCAAAUAUAUUUAUAGCGUUGAAA